GACAGUGGCGAUGGGGGCUGCUCUCUCCACCGGAGCGGUCGUGGCAAUUUCUUUUAACUGUGUCAUCGCAUUGCUCAUCCUCAUCCUCUUCCUCAUCCUCUGCAAGGCCUGCAGGACCCCCUCGUGCCCCAAAAAGAGCCCGGCUUCUGAUGCAGACGAGGCAAGGAACGAAGAGAAGUACCUGCUGCAGCCCUGAGCUGCUUGGGGACUUGGGUACCUGGCUGUGCCGCUGCGCCGAAGGACUUGCACCAGCCUGGAUGCCUGUGCUGGGACUGGGGCGCUGGAUGGGGCAGCAUGAGAGCAGAGGAGAUGCCGAGCUGCUCGCAGGAGCUGUGACGCGAGGCACAGCCCUUCGCCUGCGUGGUUUUGGUGUGUGAAGUCCCUGCGGAUGCCCACAGUGACCGUGGGGAUGGAGAGACAGUGGCCGGGGACGUGCUACGGGGAUGAUCCUGCCUGUCCCAGCAGCCAGAGAGUGCAGCAGGAGCCCUGCCCUCGAGCUCACCCUGUGUUCGGGGACAGCCUGUGCACUCCUCCCUGGUGCUCAUGGCCCGGGCCAGUGGCCACCACAUCGCAGACCUGAG